AAUCUAAUAUCUCAUUUAAUUUAUAAAAAGAUAUUUUAUUUACGUCCAUUUUCCAAUAUAUAUACUUCUUAUUCCUUAGCUAUUCUUAUUUAUUAUAUUAUUUCAAUUCCACUAUAGUCCUGUGUACAUUUCUUCUUUUCGGACAUUCUGUAUCAGCGGCUUGUAAAUGUGCCGUUGGCAACUCUUUGACCGCGAUUCGAUUAGAAAACGUUUUCACACAUUUCUUCCGUAAUUUUUUAUUGUUCUGUUGAAAAAUAUUAGGUAUUCAAUUCUGUAAUAGUGUGAAAAAUAAGACUUAAGUGCCGAGCAAUUAGUUUUGUGAACACAUUUGUUUAUUAAAAAGGCUCGCGAAAAUGUCGUUGCCACCAUAUAUGAUACCGCCCAAUGCUUGGGCGGCACAAAUUAUGGCGCAGCAGCAGGCACAGGCAUAUGCUGCUGCAGCCCAAGUGCAGCAAGCUCAAAUGCAUGCACAUCAAAUGGCAAAUCAAAUACAACAAAUUCCUCCUCCGGGUGCUCCUUUACCGGUACCGAUGACAAAUGGCAGUGUUGGUAUGCCACAAGGUGGAAUAGUUGGUAGUAAUAGUGUCGGUGGUAUCAAUCAAGCCCAACUAGGCCAAAUACCAACACCCAAACCCGACAUUAUUACUGAGGAGAAGCUACAAGAAAAAGCACAGAAAUGGCACCAAUUGCAAUCGAAAAGAUUUGCAGAGAAAAGAAAAUUUGGUUUUGUCGAUGCUCAAAAAGAAGAUAUGCCACCUGAGCACAUUCGCAAAAUAAUACGUGAUCAUGGUGAUAUGACCUCGCGUAAAUAUCGGCAUGAUAAGCGUGUAUACUUGGGGGCAUUGAAAUAUAUGCCGCAUGCAGUUUUGAAACUACUUGAAAACAUGCCGAUGCCCUGGGAGCAAAUACGCGAUGUACAAGUCCUGUAUCAUAUCACAGGUGCUAUAACUUUCGUAAAUGAAAUACCAUGGGUUAUUGAACCAGUUUAUAUAGCACAAUGGGGAACCAUGUGGAUUAUGAUGCGUCGGGAAAAGCGUGAUCGGCGCCAUUUUAAACGUAUGCGAUUCCCUCCCUUUGAUGAUGAAGAACCGCCGCUAGACUAUGCAGACAAUAUUUUGGAUGUUGAACCGUUGGAAGCCAUUCAAAUUGAUUUAGAUACGGAAGAAGAUGGACCCGUACAUAAAUGGUUCUACGAGCAUAGACCUCUAGUCGGAACCCCAUACGUGAAUGGAUCCACUUAUCGUAAAUGGAAUUUGACCUUGCCGCAAUUGGCUACUUUAUAUCGAUUAGCCAAUCAGUUGCUUACUGAUUUAGUAGAUGACAAUUUUUUCUACCUCUUCGAUCCCAAAAGUUUCUUUACCGCCAAAGCGCUUAAUAUGGCUAUACCAGGCGGACCGAAAUUUGAACCGCUCAUAAAAGAUCACAAUGUUGGCGAUGAAGACUGGAAUGAAUUUAAUGACAUCAAUAAGGUUAUCAUACGUCAACCAAUUCGCACAGAAUAUCGAAUUGCUUUUCCCUACCUUUACAAUAAUAUGCCUCAUUUCGUGCACCUUUCCUGGUAUCAUACGCCCAAUGUCGUGUACAUUAAAACUGAAGAUCCUGAUUUGCCAGCCUUUUACUUCGAUCCGCUAAUCAAUCCGAUUUCACAUCGCCAUGCUAAUACCAAGAUUGCGGAACCGAUGCCGGAUGAUGAUGAAGAUUUCUCAUUGCCCGAUGAAGUACAACCUUUCCUACAAGACACACCACUUUACACUGAUAACACAGCUAACGGUAUAGCACUGCUAUGGGCACCGCGACCUUUUAACUUACGCUCGGGCCGAUCGCGUCGCGCUAUAGACGUUCCGCUUGUUAAAAGUUGGUACAAAGAACACUGCCCACCAGGUCAUCCUGUUAAAGUACGUGUGAGCUAUCAGAAGCUUUUGAAAUAUUACGUAUUAAAUGCGCUAAAACAUCGCAAACCAAAACCACAGAAAAAGAGGUAUCUGUUUCGCUCAUUUAAAGCGACGAAAUUUUUUCAAACCACCACCUUAGAUUGGGUAGAGGCUGGCUUGCAAGUUUGCCGGCAGGGUUACAAUAUGCUUAACUUAUUAAUUCAUCGUAAAAAUCUAAACUAUUUGCAUUUGGAUUAUAACUUUAACUUAAAACCGGUGAAAACUCUAACCACAAAAGAACGUAAAAAAUCACGUUUCGGCAACGCCUUUCAUUUAUGUCGUGAAAUCCUGCAUCUGACUAAAUUGAUCAUUGAUUCGCAUGUCCAAUAUCGUCUUAAUAAUGUCGACGCUUUUCAAUUGGCUGAUGGACUGCAGUACAUAUUCGCACAUGUUGGCCAGUUAUCUGGCAUGUAUCGCUACAAAUACAAAUUAAUGAGACAAAUACGCAUGUGCAAAGAUUUAAAACAUCUGAUCUACUAUCGCUUCAAUACGGGUCCUGUUGGCAAAGGUCCAGGCUGUGGUUUCUGGGCACCAGGUUGGCGUGUUUGGUUAUUCUUUAUGCGGGGAAUAACUCCGCUGUUAGAACGUUGGUUGGGCAAUUUGUUGUCACGUCAAUUUGAGGGUCGUCAUUCAAAGGGUGUCGCGAAGACCGUCACAAAGCAACGUGUCGAAUCACACUUCGAUUUGGAGUUACGUGCCUCAGUUAUGCACGAUAUCGUUGAUAUGAUGCCAGAAGGUAUUAAACAAAACAAAGCGCGUACCAUAUUGCAGCAUUUAUCGGAAGCUUGGCGUUGUUGGAAAGCGAAUAUACCAUGGAAAGUGCCCGGCCUGCCAAUACCUAUAGAAAACAUGAUAUUGCGUUAUGUCAAAAUGAAGGCCGAUUGGUGGACUAACACUGCGCACUACAAUCGCGAGCGCAUACGUCGUGGCGCUACAGUUGACAAAACGGUUUGCAAGAAAAAUUUAGGUCGUUUAACACGUCUUUAUUUGAAGGCAGAGCAAGAACGCCAACAUAAUUAUUUAAAAGAUGGUCCAUACAUAUCACCCGAAGAAGCUGUAGCCAUUUACACAACAACAGUGCAUUGGUUGGAAUCACGACGCUUCGGUCCAAUACCAUUCCCACCGCUUUCAUAUAAACAUGACACUAAAUUACUAAUAUUGGCUUUGGAGCGUCUAAAAGAAGCAUAUAGUGUCAAAUCGCGUCUAAAUCAAAGCCAGCGUGAAGAGUUGGGUCUCAUUGAACAGGCCUAUGAUAACCCGCAUGAGGCUUUGUCGCGUAUCAAACGUCAUUUGCUAACUCAGCGUGCAUUUAAAGAGGUUGGUAUUGAGUUUAUGGAUUUAUAUAGCCAUUUGAUACCCGUCUACGAUGUUGAACCACUAGAGAAAAUAACGGAUGCUUAUUUAGAUCAAUAUUUAUGGUAUGAAGCGGAUAAGCGUCGGCUCUUUCCGCCAUGGAUAAAACCAAGCGACACAGAACCGCCACCACUGUUGGCGUAUAAGUGGUGUCAAGGCAUUAACAAUCUGCAGGACGUUUGGGAUGUAGGCGAGGGCGAAUGCAAUGUACUGCUGGAAUCGCGUUUCGAAAAGCUAUAUGAAAAAAUCGAUUUAACACUGUUGAAUCGUUUACUUCGACUCAUAGUUGAUCACAAUAUUGCCGAUUAUAUGACAGCUAAGAAUAACGUCGUCAUCAACUAUAAAGACAUGAAUCACACCAACAGUUAUGGCAUUAUACGUGGCCUUCAAUUCUCCUCUUUUAUAACGCAGUACUACGGUUUGGUUUUGGAUUUGCUAAUGCUUGGUUUGCAUCGCGCCAGUGAGAUGGCCGGACCACCACAAAUGCCAAACGACUUCCUCACGUUCCAAGAUACAGUUACCGAAACUGCACAUCCAAUACGUUUAUAUUGCCGUUAUGUGGAUCGUAUUCAUUUGUUCUUCCGUUUUACGGCGGAAGAAGCACGUGAUUUGAUUCAGCGUUAUCUCACCGAACAUCCAGAUCCCAAUAAUGAAAAUAUUGUUGGUUACAACAAUAAAAAAUGUUGGCCACGAGAUGCGCGCAUGCGGUUGAUGAAACAUGACGUCAACUUGGGACGUGCGGUUUUCUGGGAUAUUAAGAAUCGUUUACCUCGCUCCGUUACGACCAUUAACUGGGAGAACACUUUCGUGUCGGUCUACUCGAAAGACAAUCCAAAUUUGUUAUUUAAUAUGUGCGGCUUUGAAUGUCGUAUACUGCCGAAGUGUCGGACACAAACUGAAGAAUUCACACAUCGCGAUGGCGUCUGGAAUUUACAAAACGAGGUGACAAAAGAGCGUACAGCUCAGUGUUUCCUGCGUGUGGAUGAUGAGUCGUUGGGCCGAUUCCAUAACCGUGUGCGACAGAUUCUAAUGGCUUCUGGUUCCACAACAUUCACAAAGAUUGUUAAUAAAUGGAAUACUGCGCUUAUUGGCCUUAUGACCUAUUUCCGCGAAGCUGUCGUUAACACGCAGGAACUGCUCGACCUGUUGGUCAAGUGUGAAAAUAAAAUACAGACUCGUAUAAAAAUUGGUCUCAACUCAAAAAUGCCUUCACGUUUCCCACCUGUGGUGUUCUAUACACCAAAAGAGUUGGGUGGCUUAGGCAUGUUGAGCAUGGGUCACGUGCUUAUUCCACAAUCGGAUUUGCGUUGGUCUAAGCAGACCGAUGUCGGUAUUACACAUUUCCGCUCAGGUAUGUCACAUGACGAAGAUCAAUUGAUUCCGAAUUUAUAUCGUUAUAUUCAACCAUGGGAGAGCGAAUUUAUCGAUUCGCAACGCGUGUGGGCCGAAUAUGCAUUGAAACGGCAAGAGGCGAAUGCGCAGAAUCGUCGUCUGACUUUAGAGGACUUGGAAGAUAGCUGGGAUCGCGGUAUACCACGUAUAAAUACGCUCUUCCAAAAAGAUCGCCACACACUCGCCUACGAUAAGGGCUGGCGUAUACGCACAGAAUUCAAACAAUAUCAAGUGCUUAAACAAAAUCCCUUUUGGUGGACACAUCAACGUCAUGAUGGUAAAUUAUGGAAUUUGAAUAAUUACCGUACAGACAUGAUACAAGCUUUGGGUGGCGUAGAGGGUAUUCUAGAGCAUACACUCUUCAAGGGUACAUACUUCCCAACUUGGGAGGGUCUUUUCUGGGAAAAAGCAUCUGGUUUUGAAGAGUCAAUGAAGUACAAAAAACUAACUAAUGCUCAACGUUCCGGUUUGAAUCAGAUUCCCAAUCGUCGUUUCACACUAUGGUGGUCACCAACUAUCAAUCGUGCCAAUGUAUACGUUGGUUUCCAAGUGCAACUUGAUUUAACGGGCAUUUUUAUGCAUGGCAAAAUUCCAACAUUGAAAAUCUCCUUGAUUCAGAUAUUCCGUGCUCACUUGUGGCAAAAGAUACACGAGUCCAUUGUUAUGGAUUUGUGUCAAGUGUUCGAUCAGGAAUUGGAUGCACUCGAAAUUGAGACUGUACAAAAGGAGACUAUACAUCCGCGUAAAUCAUAUAAGAUGAAUUCGUCUUGUGCUGACAUUUUGCUAUUCCCCGCUUACAAAUGGAAUGUUUCGCGACCAUCUCUACUGGCAGACACAAAAGAUACAAUGGACAAUACAACAACACAAAAGUAUUGGUUGGACAUACAGUUACGUUGGGGUGAUUACGAUUCACACGAUGUGGAACGUUAUGCACGUGCCAAAUUUCUUGACUACACCACCGACAACAUGUCCAUAUAUCCUUCGCCGACGGGUGUGCUAAUCGCUAUUGAUUUGGCAUACAACUUACACUCUGCCUACGGUAACUGGUUCCCAGGUUGUAAGACACUCAUACAGCAGGCUAUGGCGAAAAUUAUGAAGGCCAAUCCGGCAUUGUAUGUAUUACGUGAACGUAUACGUAAAGCUCUACAACUUUACUCAUCCGAGCCAACUGAACCAUAUCUGAGCUCACAGAAUUAUGGUGAAUUGUUUUCGAAUCAGAUCAUUUGGUUUGUUGACGACACGAAUGUAUAUCGUGUAACCAUACACAAAACAUUCGAAGGCAAUCUAACAACGAAACCAAUUAACGGUGCAAUCUUCAUUUUCAAUCCACGUACUGGCCAAUUAUUCUUGAAAAUCAUUCAUACAUCUGUGUGGGCGGGUCAAAAACGUUUGGGUCAGUUGGCGAAAUGGAAAACCGCCGAAGAAGUAGCGGCUUUAAUUCGUUCGCUACCGGUGGAAGAGCAACCUAAACAAAUCAUCGUCACACGUAAGGGUAUGUUGGAUCCGUUGGAGGUGCAUUUGCUGGAUUUCCCGAAUAUUGUGAUCAAAGGCUCCGAACUGCAAUUACCAUUCCAGGCCUGCCUUAAAGUGGAAAAAUUCGGUGACCUUAUUCUGAAAGCCACCGAACCGCAAAUGGUGUUAUUCAAUCUCUAUGAUGAUUGGUUGAAGACCAUCUCUUCGUAUACAGCAUUCAGUCGUCUGAUUUUAAUCUUACGUGCGUUACAUGUGAACACCGAACGUACGAAGAUCAUACUGAAACCGGAUAAGACAACUAUAACGGAGGCGCAUCAUAUCUGGCCAACACUAACCGAUGAAGAAUGGAUAAAGGUGGAAGUGCAGCUUAAGGAUCUGAUUUUGGCCGAUUACGGCAAAAAGAACAAUGUAAAUGUGGCCUCGCUAACACAAUCGGAAAUUCGUGAUAUUAUUUUGGGUAUGGAAAUUAGUGCACCCUCUGCGCAGCGUCAACAAAUAGCUGAAAUUGAAAAGCAAACAAAAGAACAAAAUCAACUGACAGCCACAACAACACGUACAACGAACAAACAUGGCGAUGAAAUUAUUACCUCUACCACAUCGAAUUAUGAAACGCAAACGUUUAGUUCGAAAACCGAGUGGCGUGUACGUGCUAUAUCAGCUACAAAUCUGCAUUUGCGUACGAAUCACAUUUAUGUCAGUUCGGACGAUAUAAAAGAAACUGGUUAUACGUAUAUUUUACCGAAGAAUAUACUGAAAAAGUUCGUCACAAUUUCCGAUUUGCGCGCCCAAAUCGCUGGUUACUUGUAUGGCGUAAGUCCGCCGGACAAUCCUCAGGUCAAAGAAAUCCGUUGCAUUGUUAUGCCACCACAAUGGGGCACACAUCAGACGCUGAACUUGCCCAACACUUUGCCUACGCAUCAGUACCUCAAAGACAUGGAACCACUCGGUUGGAUACAUACACAACCGAAUGAGUUGCCACAAUUAUCACCACAAGAUAUCACCACACAUGCGAAGAUUAUGCAAGAAAAUGCAACGUGGGACGGUGAAAAGACUAUUGUGAUUACUUGUUCAUUCACGCCAGGAUCAUGUUCACUUACUGCUUACAAACUGACGCCAUCCGGUUUUGAAUGGGGCUCUAAAAAUACGGAUAAGGGUAACAAUCCCAAGGGUUACUUACCGUCACAUUACGAACGCGUUCAAAUGUUACUAUCGAACAAAUUCCUCGGCUUUUUCAUGGUGCCCGCGCAGGGCAGUUGGAAUUAUAACUUUAUGGGCGUACGACACGAUGCGAACAUGAAGUAUGAGCUGCAAUUAUCGAAUCCUAAGGAAUUCUAUCACGAAAUACAUCGACCUUCACACUUUUUAUUAUUCUCCAAUUUGGAAGAUGCCGGCGACGGUUCGGGCGCAGAUCGUGAGGAUGUUUUUGCGUAGUUUGUCAUAUAAGUGACCAGCAAAACUAUAAUUAGUAAUAUGUUCCAUUCUUUGUUUUAUGUUUCCUGAUUUAUAGUUAACAAAAACAUAUGUAUGAACACUUUAAAAGAAAUUUUCGAUGAGUUUUAUAACAAUCGAGCUGUGUAGGUAUAACUAUAAUAAUAAUUACGCACGUUUUAGUGAAAAACAAAAAAUUCAAUAUUUUCAUAAAUGUUAUAUAAUGCGGAUACUACACAAAUAAAUUAAUAAUUUUACAAAAACAA